GAAGGCAGUCGGGUUUUCGGUGGUUGUAACGCUUUCGGUAUAUCAAAAGUAUCAGUGCUAAUUAAAAGUGAUCAAAAGUUGUUAAAAUAAAAAGAUACAUAUCCCAGGAUGCGGUGACCUUGAUCGUUGUUCCCUUUGGAAUGGAGUCCAGCAGCAGCGGUGCAAUUAUGGAUAUGGAGGGCUCUAGUCCUGGGGAUCCUUCCCAACCCACUCAGAUCACCUCUAUAGAUGGAUUUUUCAAUAGGAAAAGAGGUCGCCCGCCAAAGAAUCGAUUUGUGGAGGUCUACAAGAGUGCUCAGCAUUCGCCACAGGCCAUUUUCACCAGCUUUAAGCUGGAGAGAAGCGAUCAUCCUUCACCUGCUUCAAUACCCAGCUCAAUGGGGGAAACCCUAGAGGAAAGAUUGCCCCGAAUGGAUCACGAUGGAUCAUCAUCAUCAUCAUCAAUGGUCACAGAUCUCAAUCCUAGUCGGAACCGGAAACGAGGUCGUGUUUGGGCCCCAAACUCAGUAACUACGGAGCAGUCAAGUCGAAGGAAUCUAACAGUGAGAACUGAGGCCACCUUACAGAGUAGCCACAUUGAGGCUGUGGCUCAGCCCAAUACACAACCAAUAGAAUCUAUAGUUGCAAGGAAGCCAACUUGCAAGGAACUGGAAAGGAAAUCAGUAGUUCGUGCCGCAGGAACAUUUUAUCCCGAAAAUGUGAAUUCUUCCCUGGGAGAGGAAAUCUCAGAGGCACAGAGUCUCACCCGGCUUCGUGAGGAGUCCUUGGACUUGGAUGUGGAUCAACCAGAGGAUCUUAGUAUGCGUCCCUCCCUGCUGCCAGAGACCUUGACCACAGCAGGAAGAGUGGGUGUGGCACCUCCUCUGAGCAUGAAUCUGUUGCAGUUCAAGCAGCUAAUAGACCUUUAUCAGAGGCAAGUGCUGCUGCCCAGCUUUCUGGCUGCAGCCACUCAACCCCUGGCAGGAGGAGCAACAGGAGCAGUGCCAGGAGCUGCAACAUUAACAGGAUCAGCAGCUGGACCUCUGCUAGAUGUAAGGUUACUCCUAGGGAAUGCUGCCCACCAGAAGUUUCUCCUACUCAAUGCAGCAGCAGCAGCAGCGGCAGCAACGGCAACUGCAACAGCCGCUGCAGCAGCUGCAACUUCAGAAACGGGACAAAGGACUCCGGUUAGAAGGAGUCGGGAUCAGGACAUACCCACUGGCUACUUGAAGUUCCGAUUUAAUGAGGACUGUGGCUUCGAGAGGUGUGGCUAUAGGAAUCAUCAGUCGCAUUUCCAUUGCAACAGAAGGGAUUGCCACUAUAGCUUCUGCGACAAGACGAGGUUUGUGCAACACACGGCACGUCAUGAGAGGAUGGAUACACUGAUGGGUGACGACUUCCGGCAAUUUCGGGCCAACAUGCAGUGCGGAGUGGCCAGUUGCUCUUAUUCACUUGGAGGAGUCACAGAGUCCUCCUCCCAACAGCAGCAGAGAUUAGAUGAGGCCAGUGGCGCUUCUUCCAAGAAGACAUCCCACUUUCACUGUCGCAAAUGCGACUAUGUCUGCACGGAUUCCAACAAGGUGGUUGCCCAUCGGCGGUUACAUCUCCGCCAGGAUUAUGUCCGCUCUGCUGGCUUCCGGAAGGUGGCCGGAAAUGAGGCUUGCAACUCUACAUCCUGCUCCUAUGCCCUAAGGCACACACACUAUCAUUGUGUUACCUGCGAUGGCGGUGUUCUCUCCCGGGCACAACUGGCAGCCCACAAACAUCGGACACCUUUGACCAAAUCGGAUACAACUCCAUAGGGAUUGGAUUUAUAAUUUAAAAUAAUAUCCAUUUCAGAACAUUUAGA